AUGACUGAAACCGUUACUGAUUUGCUGCCCUGGCCGGAGCCAACUGCGACCUCGUCUGUGGCUCCGAUUCCAACAGUGAUUCCAGGUGGCCAUCCUACUUUCCAGGAGAUUCAUGUUACUGGAAUGCGGACAUUAUGGGUGGUUACAGUACUUAUGGGCCUAUCUGCCCUUGUAUUCUACAUUUUGGGCAGCCGUGUGCAACUGUCAAAACGUCUUAUCCAUACCCUAGUUUCAAUCUCGACCACCGUGUCGUUCAUCAUAUACCUCGCUCUCGCAACCGGAGAAGGCAUAGACUGGAAACACGAUGUGCUCGAGGAGUCUCACAAACAUGUUCCUAACACUAGACAUGAUGUGAUCCGUCAGGUAUUUUGGUUGCGCUACGUGAAUUGGUUUGUAACGGACCCUAUGAUCCUUGCUAGCUUAACCCUACUCUCGGGUCUCCCAGGAGCGCAUCUCUUCGCUGCCAUUGCCGCAGACUACGUGAUGCUGGGCUCCGGUCUUCUGGGGACCUUUGCGGGUCACACGGCCCGCAGAUGGGUUUGGUUCACUAUCAGCGCAAUCGCCUACUUGACAGUGGUGUAUCAUAUCGGUGUUAGGGGAUCUAGAGCCGCAAGCAAUCGAGACGGUCCAACACGACGCCUCUUCGGAGCCAUUGCUUUUGUGGCCCUUUUGGCCAAAGUUUUGUAUCCUAUUGCCUUGGCCGCUGGUGCCCUCGCUCUCAAAACGACCAUUGACGCUGAAACCAUCAUUUUCGCCAUCCAGGAUAUUCUUGUCCAAGGAAUUAUCGCCUACUGGUUGGUGAUCGCCAAUGACGCUUCCUCUGGAACAAAUCUUUUCGUCGAUGGCUUCUGGUCCAGUGGUAUCGGUAAUGAAGGAGCUAUCCGUAUCGAGGAGGAAGAGGACAGCUUUUUAAAGCUGCAGCCAAUAUUACCCAGCAACCACCACUUAUCAUUAUGUCGUGUUGAUCUUGGAUGA